AUCUACCGGCGCUUUCCCGCUUGGUCAGGCGCUCAAAAUUUCUGGAACAGCAACUGUAUCUACGAUUUGGAAGAGAAUCUGUACUACGGAUUAUCUGUUAUUCUCAAAUGAUUGAAGAUUCCACACGCUGAAAUCUGCGAAACAUUACUUCACUGCAUGAAGAUUACCUAUUUGGAGAUAAUUGUUUUUGUGUUGUUGCAAGAAAACUAAACUUUACUAGUAAAUGGUGUUACUGUAGUAGUUGAGGCAUAUUUAUACAAGAGAUUGAGGUCUCGUGAACACAGCUAAAGAAAAUGGACCAGAGCAACAAUGUUCAUUUAAGAUGGAAUAAGCACCAGUCUACUUUGGUGUCUGUUUUUGAUGCCUUGUUGGACAAUGAGAAAUUAACAGACUGCACAAUUAGUGCACAGGGGCAGCAUUUAAGAGCACAUAAAAUAAUUCUUUCAGCAUGUAGUCCAUAUUUUGAGGAACUGUUCACUAAAAACUAUGAGAAGCAUCCUAUUAUCAUAUUGCACGAUGUAAAGUAUGCCGUGGUGAAGGCAUUGAUGGAUUUUAUGUACCGUGGUGAAGUAAAUAUACCACAUGAGGAGCUUAGUUGUGUUCUGAAGCUCUCGGAGUCCCUUCAGAUAAGGGGGCUGUCUGGCAGUGGAUGUGUGGAUGACGCCAACGUACAGAAAGGCAGAGGAAGCAAUGCACCAUCAGUACCUCCAGAAACUCGGCAAUCUGAACCUCCUCCUGUGUCACACUUUACCUCAGAUCAGACAGAGCUAGAUGAUAAUGUACAGUCAUUUAGAAGAUGCUCUCCAGUUGUGUCCUCACAGGACUUAGGUACGAGGGAAUUAGAUUCUGAUUGUAAAUCCAUCGAAAAGUACGGAACAAGUAUUAAUCAUUUUGGUUCUGAUAGGAGUAAAGGCCAAAAUGUGCUUCAAGAGGUCAUCACUCCUGACCUUGAUAGUGUGCAUCAGCUUCCAUCUCAAAGACAAGUAUUGCCAGUAAUGAGUAACUCAACUUCUGAACCACUUUUCAGUCCAAUUCCUUCUCAGUCUGUGUGUAAUGAGUUGCAGAGUCCCAGUGGUGAAAUGGCUGUUACAGAAAAUGAACAGUUCAUAAUGCCAGAAGCAGUAUUAGCAGACAAUAGGUCAGCAGAUAUGACUACACACCAACUGGAGGAGGUACCAAUAGAAAUAAAAUCUGAGAUCCUUGAGACUCAUAUGGAAAUUGUGGAAGAUCUUACUGCCGAUGACAGCAAUUAUCCUGGCGAUGAUGAUUAUCGUGAUGAUUGUGACGGUGCUGAAGUUGACAAUGCAGAAGUCAGGAGAGUAAGUGAAGGUCUGAAAUGUGAAGAGAAUUUUUGUACUCGAGGGAUUAACCAUAUACAUUCGAUAUUUGGCAGUGCUGAUUUGAAUAGCAUGACUUCGACAACAUCCCAGACGGUAUCGCGUAAACGGUUUAGUUGUCAUUCUUGUGGAAAGUCGUAUCAGCAUCCACAAGGGCUAUGGAGACACAUGAAGCUUCAGUGUGGUAAAGAGCCCCAGUUUCAGUGCUCUCACUGUGACUAUCGGUUUACUAGGGGUGAUAAUUUAAAGAGACAUAUGGCUGCUCGCCAUUAUCACCUGCAGAAAAAGUAAGUUCUUUUUGAAGGGGAUAAAUGUUAAUUUGAACUUAAAACCAAGAGAGGGGUGAGUUUUGUCAAACUAGUUCCUGAUCAUUAGAGUGGGUGGUUUUGCGUGUGAUUUAUUUCAUCAGUGGCAGCGUGUAUGUGUAACCUGCUCGAGGUAGUUAUUCCCUGUGCUGUAUGGAUAGAGAUUCAUCCUUCUGUAUCUUGUGUCUGUUAUGAGUGUAUUUUAUGUUUAUGUGGAAACUUGGCAGUUCCAAAGUGUGUGAAGUAAUUGUCCAUGAGAGAGAUAUUACUACCUAUUUAAUGCAGUGAUUAUGCUAGUAAUGGUAUUGUAUUGUCAUCAGUUAUAUAUUUUGUUGUAAACAAAAGACCUUAAAUAUAUGAGUGCAAAUCAA